AUGGCGCCCCAAAUCGCAAUCAUCGGUGGCGGCCCGUCGGGCUUGGCUCUUGCUGCCAUCCUAGAACAAAAGGGCCUUGACUACAUUCCAAAGAGACGCCCCCCUCACGGAGGAUGUCUGGAUUUGCACCCUGGCAGCGGACAGCGUGCCAUGAAGGAAGCCGGUGUUUUUGCGGAAUUCCAAAAACACUCGCGUGUCGGGGAGGCUACCAUUCACAUUCUCUACAAUCACAAGGGCGAAGAAGUCUUUAGAUUUGGAGAAGGACGCGAUGCGCCGGAGAUUGAUCGUUGGGCUAUCCGCAAGGUACUCUUGACUGGUAUUCCCGACGAAAAGGUUGUCUGGUCGAAGGCCGUGGAGAGCGCGACUAGAGAUGCCAGCGGGCAGGUCGUGCUCACUUUCGUUGAUGGAACUACGGCUUCUGGGUUUAAGCUUGUCGUGGGUGCCGAUGGUACCGCUAGCAAGAUCAGGCAUCUGGUCACCUCGGCUGAGCCAGUCUACUCGGAUAAGCAAUAUAUUACGACAAAGAUUUUGCCUUCCAACCCAUGGUACCCCAAGAUGGAAGCCAUUGCUGGCAAGGGCUCCAUGAUCGUCAUGGGAGACGGCAAGCACAUGUUCAACUCCCGACAAGGCGACGGUCACUACCGAGUCGAUAUCGGACUUCAGGAGCCCGAAGACUUCGGCACAUGUGGAAAGGUCGACUUGACCAACUUUGAUGCUGCGAAGGAUUUCCUUCUCAGCAAGGAAUACUUCGGGAACUACUCUGCGGAGAUGCAGGAUGUCAUUCGCCAGAGUGACGGCCCCUUCCGCCCCUGGUUGAUGUACUAUAUGCCGACCAAUCUCCUUAACUGGUCUCCCAAUGCUGAUGUCACUUUAAUUGGUGAUGCGGCACACGUUACGACUCCUUUCGUGGGUGAUGGUGUCAACUGUGCUAUGCGUGACUCUAUCAUCCUCGCGCACAAGUUGAAGGAACAUGGCAUCACUCCCGAGGCUAUUGCUGCCUAUGAGAAGGAAAUGUUCCCCUUUGCCAUCGAUGUUAUUUCCCGCAGUUUGUUGAGUGGAGAGAUGUUCUUUGAGAAGGAAGCUCCUAAGCAGUUCAUGGAUAUCAUGUCUUCUGGUAAGGCAUUGAUUGGAACCACGGAUCAUGUAUAG